AGCCCUGCCCCUCCUGAUAAAUCUGGGCUGCCCCCCUCCUCCGGUCCACCACUUCCCCUUCUCCAGACAUCCAACAAACGCCCAAUUUGGGAUCCUUUUCCGGUUUUGAUCUCCAACAAUGGCCUGCCCUCUGGAUCAAGCAAUCGGCCUCCUGGUGGUCACUUUCCACAAAUACUCGUGCAAGGAAGGCGACAAAAACACCCUAAGCAAGAAAGAGUUGAAGGAACUGAUUCAGAAAGAGCUGACCAUCGGCCCGAAACUCAAAGAAGCCGAAAUCCAAGGACUGAUGGAGGACUUGGACCGUAACAAAGACCAGGUCAUCAACUUUCAAGAAUACGUCACCUUCCUGGGUGCCUUGGCCAUGAUUUACAAUGAAGCUUUGAGCCAGUAGGCUGGACUGAUGGGAAGCGGCGGCUGAAAUAAAACCAGCCCCUUCAGAGAAUGGGUUGGUACCCACUGUAGAACAACAACAAAAAAAGUUUUUCCAAAGUUUG